GUCGACGGCAGAAUCUCAAUCUCUAGAGAAUAUGACGGACAAUCAGCAGCCGACUAUUGUGUCGGUGAAUCUUCUGGUUGGCAUUUUGGCUGGAAUUGCUAUCAUUCUUCGAGUUUUGGCUAGAAGAAUAAGGAAUUUACCACUCGAGUCUGACGACAUAACCAUUAUUGUAGCUCUGCCGCUCUCAUGGUCAAUAUGCGCUUGCAAUAUUGUGGCUUCGACAUACGGGCUUGGAAGACACAUCGACACCCUAACCUCUGCAGACAUUAUCCAUGAAGCACAGAUAUUCUUUGCCUCCCAGCUUCUUUGGGCAGUAGCCAUACCGAUUAUCAAGAUAUCUAUCCUCCUACUAUAUAUCCGUAUCUUCGGGGUCUUGAGCUAUUUCCGAUAUACUGCAUAUAUUCUCGGAGUGUUCUUAUUCCUCUGGGGUAUAAUGGUUGUCUUUGUUGUGUCCCUGACGUGCCGGCCACUAAAAUAUACCUGGGAUAAGAGUGGCGAAGGUUCUUGCAUUAAUGCAACAGUAUUUUAUAUUGUCGGCUCUGGACUCAACGUUAUAACCGACUUUAUAACCCUCUUUCUACCGUUACAUGCUGUGUGGUAUCUGCAAUCAUCAAUUCAACAGAAGCUUCUGCUGACCGGCAUCUUCCUCCUUGGUUCUUUAACUUGUGCUAUUAGUCUGGCCAGGUGGUGUUCUCUUUUCCAAAUUCAUGGCAGUGACCAAACUUGGGAUUUGACACUUCCUACAAUAUGGUCGGCUGCCGAGGCCUGCCUUGGCAUUGUCGCUGCCUGCCUCCCAACCCUCCGCCCAUUAUUCCCUCAAUCCCGAACUCCAGACGAUUCGCAAACGAAUCAUAGCUCUCCACCCCAAGGCCUGCAGAGCCCGAGCUCCAAAAAUUUCAGACGCUCGUUUUCUAUGAACCAAAACUUCCUUCAAUUACAAGACUUUUCCGCCAAGGCCACCGCAUUACGUUUACAGGCUUUGCCUGACAACUCGACAUCUAAUUUGGUUGAUUCAAGUACUAAGGCCCACAACUAUAAGACAUAGCUGGAAUAGAGUGUGAAAGUUUUGUGCGGUGUAUAGGCAAGGCGAGAACGAGACGUUAAUAUUGUGAGGGGCGUUGAUUUAUAAGAACGGUUUGGGGAAAGCUGUACCAUAUAUUGAUAUAAUAGAAAUAGAAACGCAAU